AUGGAAGGUCAAGUGAAGGAAGGAGACUCUCUGGAGAAGAGGCCUGGCAUCUUCUUCCUCGGCUCCCCCAACGUCGGCAAGCGCACUAUGCUUUCUCGAUUACUGGCUUUGGAUUUUGAUGAUGCUUCUGAUUCUUCUUCAUCUCAGCUCGUAGUUAAUGGGUGGAAUAUUUCUACAAAGUACUACACAGCUGAUGCUUCCGUAUGGAUGGCUCAUCUUCAUGAUGAAUUUUCCAUUGAGACCCUCCCGAUGUAUGACCAGUUGCAAGCCUUGAUCUUGGUCUUUGACACCACUGAGUUGUCGUCUCUUGCUGCACUUCAGAAAUGGGUAUCUCGAACUGAUCUUCAAAAAUUUGAUAUACUAUUAUGCAUAGGGAACAAGGUGGAUCUUGUCCCAGGUCACCCGGUUCAUGCUGAAUAUAAAAGACGUCUGCUGAAGCUUGGAGAUCCAUUUGCUGAUUCCGGUCCAGGGUUCACUGAGUAUGGAAUCUCCGAAACUGAAGGAAGUAGUUUACUGGGGGAUGAAGAACCAUCGUGGGAGGCUAGGCAGUCAUGUUCGGAAUGGUGCACUGAGCAUAACAUUGAGUACAUUGAAGCUUGUGCUUCAAAUGUUGAUUUUGACAAAUGUUUGUCAGUUGAUGGCGAUUCACAAGGUGUUGAACGACUCUUUGGUGCUCUUUCUGCACAUAUGUGGCCUGGAAUGAUUCUGAAAUCAGGCGAUAAGAUUGCUGAACCAUCGUUACCUGAAAGAGAAGAAGACUUGUCAGAAGAAGAAUCUGAUUAUGAAUUUGAGUAUGAAAUCCUAUCUGCGGGUUCAGCUGAACCACAUGAAGACACGUAUACAGGAUGGGUUUCAGCAAAUGAUUCUGCGGGACCCUCAAGUAUGGGAGGACUGGCUGCUCAAAAUAAUAUUUUCCCAGAAUGCAAUCAAGAGAAUGGAACCCUUUGUGAUAAGGAGGAGCCACAGACCUCAACCUCGACAGCUGCUUUGCAUGAUGAUAUCAACAAAGGAGUGGUGUCCAAUGCGGAAGAGCCUGACCAGGGCACAGAACUUGACCAAGCCCAGGAACUAGAUGAGGCCCCUCUUAAAGUUGAGGAUUUGGAGCAGUUGAUGUCUGAGAUUGGGAACAUGCGUGACUGCUUGAGAUUGAUGCCUGAUUUUCAGAGAAGAGAAAUGGCUGCAAAUCUGGCUUUGAAAAUGGCCUCCAUGUUUGGGGGCAGCAGUGAUGAUGAAGUGGAAAGUAUCAGCUGA